AUGCUUCAAGAACGUCAAAACCUUGCCGACGCAAUAUACAAGCAACAAAAAAGCCUGGAUGACGGGCAGAUCUUUGAAGACUGGCUCAGGAAAAUUGACCGUGAAAUGAAACGCCGCGGCAGACGUAUCGCAAUGGUUGUAGACAACGCACCUUGUCACCCCAAACUUCAGAACCUUAGUAAUAUUGAGCUAAUAUUUCUACCACCAAAUACUACCAGUAAAACACAACCGAUGGACCAGGGAAUGAUCCAGAAACUCAAAGUCCACUACAGAAAAAGAGUCGUACUCCGCCAGCUUUCGGCCAUUGACAACGGUCAUGACUUCACGUUGUCAGUACUAUAUGCACUCCGUCUUCUUCAGCAGUCAUGGGAGUUCGUUACACCAACAACAAUAACAAACUGCUAUCGUCAUGCAGGGUUCACGUUACAGAUCAUCGAUGACCAGGGAGAUGACGACGACACCGACGAACUUGACGAUAUACCACUUGCUAGACUUGCCAGUAUGGGUACAUCAUCCGAAUUGCUUGGUUCGUUUUCAGAGUUUGACGACAACGCAGCAACAACAUCAGCCUCUGCUACAGAUUCUGAAAUCAUUAGUCAGGUGACAUGUGAAAUGACAAUGUGA